AAGUACAAAUGUCUACCACAAGACGAAAACGUAUUAUGUUAUGUUGUUUACCGUAAGCUGUAGUAAAAUGAGCUCGAUUGUUGACAGAGAUGACAGUAGUAUUUUUGAUGGUUUGGUGGAAGAAGAUGACAAGGACAAAGCAAAAAGAGUAUCUAGAAACAAAUCUGAAAAGAAGCGUAGAGAUCAAUUUAAUGUACUCAUUAAAGAACUGGGAUCCAUGCUUCCUGGUAAUGCUAGAAAAAUGGACAAAUCCACUGUUCUCCAGAAGAGCAUUGAUUUUUUACGAAAACAUAAAGAAAUCACUGCACAGUCAGAUGCUAGUGAAAUUCGACAAGACUGGAAACCUACAUUCCUUAGUAAUGAAGAGUUUACACAGUUAAUGUUAGAGGCUCUUGAUGGUUUUUUUUUAGCAAUCAUGACAGAUGGAAGCAUAAUAUAUGUGUCUGAGAGUGUAACUUCAUUACUUGAACAUUUACCAUCUGAUCUUGUGGAUCAAAGUGUAUUUAAUUUUAUCCCAGAGGGGGAGCAUUCAGAGGUUUAUAAAAUGCUCUCUACCCAUCUUCUGGAAAGUGAUUCAUUAACCCCCGAAUAUUUAAAAUCAAAAAAUCAAUUAGAAUUCUGUUGUCAUAUGCUUCGAGGAACAAUUGAUCCAAAGGAACCAUCAACCUAUGAAUAUGUGAAAUUUAUAGGAAAUUUCAAAUCUUUAAACAGUGUGUCUACUUCAGCACACAAUGGUUUUGAAGGAACCAUACAACGCACACAUAGGCCUUCUUAUGAAGAUAGAGUAUGUUUUGUAGCUACUGUCAGGUUAGCUACACCUCAGUUCAUCAAGGAAAUGUGCACUGUUGAAGAACCCAAUGAAGAAUUUACUUCAAGGCAUAGUUUAGAAUGGAAAUUCCUAUUUCUAGAUCACAGGGCACCACCCAUAAUAGGAUAUUUGCCAUUUGAAGUUCUGGGAACAUCAGGCUAUGAUUAUUAUCAUGUGGAUGAUCUAGAAAAUUUGGCAAAAUGUCAUGAGCACUUAAUGCAGUAUGGGAAAGGCAAAUCAUGUUAUUAUAGGUUCCUGACCAAAGGCCAGCAGUGGAUUUGGCUACAAACUCACUAUUAUAUCACUUAUCAUCAGUGGAAUUCAAGGCCAGAGUUUAUUGUUUGUACUCACACUGUAGUAAGUUAUGCAGAAGUUAGGGCUGAAAGACGACGAGAACUUGGCAUUGAAGAAUCUCUUCCUGAGACAGCUGCUGACAAAAGCCAAGAUUCUGGGUCUGAUAAUCGUAUAAACACAGUCAGUCUCAAGGAAGCUUUGGAAAGGUUUGAUCACAGCCCAACCCCUUCUGCUUCCUCCAGGAGCUCAAGAAAAUCAUCUCACACAGCAGUCUCAGACCCUUCCUCGACACCAACAAAGAUCCAGACGGAUACGAGCACUCCUCCCAGACAGCAUUUACCAGGUCACGAGAAGAUGGCACAGCGGAGGUCAUCGUUUAGUAGUCAGUCCAUAAAUUCCCAGUCUGUUGGUCAGUCAUUAACACAGCCAGUGAUGUCUCAAGCUGCAAAUUUACCAAUUCCACAAGGCAUGUCCCAGUUUCAGUUUUCAGCUCAAUUAGGAGCCAUGCAGCAUCUGAAAGACCAGUUGGAGCAACGAACACGCAUGAUAGAGGCAAAUAUUCAUCGGCAACAAGAAGAACUAAGAAAAAUUCAAGAACAGCUUCAGAUGGUUCAUGGUCAGGGACUGCAGAUGUUUUUACAACAGUCCACCCCUGGAUUGAAUUUUGGUUCUGUUCAACUUUCUUCUGGAAAUUCAUCUAACAUCCAACAACUCACACCUAUAAAUAUGCAAAGCCAGGUUGUUCCUACUAACCAGAUUCAAAGUGGAGUGAACACUGGACAUAUUGGUACGAGUCAGCACAUGAUACAACAGCAGACUUUACAGAGUCCAUCUACACAGAGUCAACAAAAUGUACUGAGUGGGCACAAUCAACAAACAUCACUUCCCAGUCAGACACAGAGCACUCUCACAGCCCCACUGUAUAACACUAUGGUGAUUUCUCAGCCAGCCACAGGAAGCAUGGUCCAGAUUCCAUCUAGUAUGCCACAAAACAGUGCCCAGAGUGCUGCGGUCACCACCUUCACUCAGGACAGACAGAUAAGAUUUUCUCAAGGUCAGCAACUUGUGACCAAAUUAGUGACUGCGCCCGUGGCUUGUGGGGCAGUCAUGGUUCCUAGCACUAUGCUUAUGGGACAGGUGGUGGCUGCCUACCCUCCUUUCGCUGCCCAGCAGCAGCCCCAGACGUUGUCCGCAGCCCAGCAGCAGCCACAGCAGCAGGGUUCCCAGGAGCAGCCACUUACUGCAGUUCAGCCACCAUCUCAGGCUCAGCUGACCCAGCCACCACAGCAGUUUUUACAGACUUCUCGGUUGCUCCAUGGGAAUCCUUCAGCUCAGCUCAUCCUCUCUGCUGCAUUUCCACUACAACAGAGCACUUUCCCUCAGUCACAUCACCAGCAACACCAGUCUCAGCAGCAGCAACAGCAACUUAGUCGGCACAGGACUGACAGUUUGACUGAUCCUUCCAAGGUUCAACCACAGUAG